AUGACCACAAUAUUGAAGACAAUUUUCAAAUUUUUACAACAAAAAAGAACACACACAGGAGAGAAGCCUUACAAAUGUAACCAGUGUGGAAAAGCCUUUGCACGAAACAGUACUCUCUUACGCCAUAAAAGAACACACACUGGAGAGAAACCUUAUGAAUGUAACCAGUGUAGUAAAGCCUUUGCACAAAACAGUCAUCUCAAAAGCCAUAGAAGAACACACACUGGAGAGAAACCUUAUGAAUGUAACCAGUGUGGUAAAGCCUUUUGUGGUAAAGCCUUUGCACAACACAGUCAUCUCAAAAGCCAUAGAAGAACGCACACUGGAGAGAAACCUUAUGAAUGUAAUGAGUGUGGUAAAGCCUUUGUACAAAACAGUGCUCUCAUAAGCCAUAAAAGAACACACACUGGAGAGAAACCUUAUGAAUGUAACCAGUGUGGUAAAGCCUUUGCACAAAACACUGAUCUCAUACGGCAUAAAAGAACACACACUGGAGAG